UCCUGUCUGUCGCACGUUGGCCACUUGUCCUUUCUGCUAACCGACCAAGCCCUCAUCCCAUUGGAAUAACUCUACUUUUCUUUGUGAUCAUUAAUCAUGCCGAAAGCCAAAAAGACGAGAAGGAAGAUGAAGUUCGAUUACAACAAAGACCGCAAGAAACUGAAGAAAAGGUUAAUGAAGAAAGCCAACCCAAGGAUAGAAAAUAAACAACUUCGAGAGGCAUGGAAUCCAAGGAAGUCCACAGCCAGGAACCUGCAAGACAUGGGCCUCGCAUACGACCCCAAUCGCAGUUUGCCCAUCAACAAAGACGGCCGCCUAGGAUUAAACAAAGGCCCCAAGGUUACCGGCCAUAUAGUGACAAAGCCCUACGUCCUUAAUCAGCUGGAAGAGGAGGCCAACCUUCCAGUCAAGGACACCAAGACACUUUCAUCGGACUUGAUCCAGUACGUCCAACACAUGAUCCGAGAACACAAAGAGGACUACAAGGCGAUGGCCCGUGACGAGAAAAACUACUACCAGGAUACGCCCAAGCAGAUUAAAAGGAAGAUCAACGAGUAUAAGCGCUGCCACGCGCAGCACUACGAAGCCUUUGUUGCCUCACUCGCCGUCCCCGUGGCCCCCUGAGAACUUUCAAGUAGGAGGGUUCUGAGACCAUCUUCCCAAUGUACUUGAUAAGAGGACUUGGCAAUUCAUGGAGUCUAUAUCGAUGACUCAUUUUUUUUGCCUCUACAUUUGUGUUGACAAAAGGACAAGUCUGAGAAAAUAACCAAAAUGCGUCCAUCAACUCUUUGAUGGCGGAAGACGUCAAGUUGAUAUGAACAGAAUUGGCUGGCAGCGGAUGAUCGUGAUUCUGUAAAAUCAUGGGCAGGGAUAGGUGUCCAAUCCAUUUUGACCGUUCAAAUGAAUUCUAUCGCGCACAUCACUAUUCUUCAAAAAUGUUCAUGUUUAGUUGUAACAAAUGACGAUUUAUUCGCAUUUUUUUAUUAUUGUAUAAAAUAACUAUUUUAGAUGCAAUUAAAUGUGUUCUCUUCUGUUUUUUCAUCAGGAAAAUACAAUCUAUAGUUAUAAAUAAGUGACUCUUGUGUAUUACAACAAAGCAGUUUUUAUUUUCCACACAUCAAAAUACAAUACGAUAUGCACGGAAACUGGCAAUAACCUCUUUUCCAGACAUGAAC